AAACUAAAGGAAAUAUUCUUCGAGAAAUACAAAAUUCCUGGGGUGAUAGGAUGUAUUGAUGGUACCUAUGUUACCAUGGUUAGGCCAUCAGAAAAUGAAGAGCGAUAUUACUGUCGUAAAGGAAAUCAUGCAAGAAAUAUCCAGUUGAUUACUGACGCGGACUUAAAUAUAUUGCAUGUUGAUGCAACCUAUGGGGGAGCAACACAUGACAGCUUCAUCUUUAAUCAUAGCAUCAUACAGAGCCACCUUGAGGGCUUAGUGAAUGCUGGUGAAACUGUACAUUUGCUAGGGGAUUCUGGAUACGCACAACGUGCAUAUUUAAUGGUACCAGUGCCUAACAUAGAACAAGGAACCCCUGCUGCACACUACAACAAACUCCAUGCCACAGCACGUAAUACUGUGGAGAGAACUAUAGGCAGGCUAAAGGGAAGGUUUAGAUAUGAAACUGAAACUAGCAGCUAG